CAGAAUUAACUAUUUCUUGGAUAUAAGUUGAUCGUGUACCGAAUAAUUUACAUUUCGCUAUAUCACGCGAGGACUGACUAUAGAAACGAAAAUGGAAAUUUCAAUUCGCACCUUACCCCUACUGUUGCUCGUGGCCUCCACGCUAGCCCAAUACGAGGGCUACCACGGCUACGAGCACGACAUAGACGCCUACAGCUUCAAGCCAGCAUUGCCGCCCCAGAGCUUAGACGACCAAUACCAUCAUGAAGAGGAGGACAUCGACUAUCACGCUCAUCCGAAGUACGCGUUCGAUUACUCCGUGAAGGACCCGCACACCGGAGACGACAAGGAGCACUGGGAGACGCGCGACGGCGACAAAGUUAAAGGCAGCUACACCCUAACUGAAACCGACGGCACAAAACGAGUGGUGGAAUACGAGGCGGACGACAAGCACGGUUUCAACGCCGUCGUGCACAAGAUCGGCAAACCCGUGGAUCACGUGGAACAGAUCCAGGCGGUCAAGUACGAACCCAUUCAGUACCACCACGAGUUCAGUCCGCAGCAGUUUGAUGAUGGAUUCGUGCCCAUAGCUGGGUACGCGCAUCAUUAGAAUUAUCAGUCUUAAGAAUAUAAGUUAUUUCGUCAACAUUUCGAUUUGAAAACUACCGUGAUACUCCAAAUAUCAAAACGGGUCCCCCACAAACGGGUAACGAGGAGCAUUUAUCGAUGAGCCAACGCAUGUUGACUGUCAAUUAAAGGUCCUCGAUAUAGAGCAAAACAUGUCUAACAAUCUGAUUUAUAAAACGUGGACGACCCUUUUUACGUCAAUUUUAUGGCUAUUUUAAAAAAUUGUCCCUUUUAUUCAGCAGGAAACUUUUAAUGCUUAAAAUAACUAAUUUAUAGAUUGGUGUCGAAAAAUCCCAUUACAUUA